AUCUGGCAGAUCUGUUGAACUCACUAGUUUCUAACUGGCGCGUCGUAUUGAACGUUCGCUUCGUUUUCUAGGUAACACCCGUAUUAAGUAUUACAAUUUCUAGAGAAAAAGCUGGUAAAUGACAAUCUAGUAGGUGUAAAAUCAUGGGUGAAUUGCAUUGCUGGUAAUCUGGCGGGUAGCUAGUGGUGGUUACCGAUAGCGAGUAAAUUCACCAAUAUCUCACUAUAGCGCGGUACUAGAGGUUAUGCCAUUUUUUAAUAAGUUAGUAUUUUUUAGAAAAAAUUAAAAUGCGGUCUAGAAAAAUAUGGAUCUAACUAAGAAUUUUUGUGAGAGAAAAACCUUUGAUUAAAGCUGAAAAAGACCAAAAAGUAUACUAUAUAUCUAAAAGUUUCCCGAACCGAAAGACGAGGAAUAACCUUCUACUUAAAAUAGGUAAUUUGCGGAACUUCCAGACAACUAUGCGCAAGGAAGAAAUACUUUCACGCAAGGUUGAAAACUGCUCAAAACCAAGAGGAUAAAAUAAAUGGAAUUUUCGUGGCCGAAGGUUUACAAACGUCAAAUUAUCACAGUGAAUUCCGCUUUCAAUAUAUUUAAACAUUAAGAAUCCCAGCGGCAGUGAACUGUAUUAAAAUAAUUUAAUUGUAGGCAUGAUUUUUUUAUCGGAACUAAUAGAACCAACGCGUGCAGAAAACAGCACUAAGUUUGCAUACCGUUUAUACUGUUUUCGUGUUCCUUUUUAUAUAUGAAAAAUUCCAAGUAGAUUGGUGAGUGCUAAAGAGCUAAUAUUUUUAUCUCUCAACACCUUGCUGCAAAAAGCUAUUACCUAAUCUUUGCCAAGGCAAGGCAGAAAAAUAAAGGAAGGACGAAUGGGGUUGCCAAGUAUGCCUACCACAGUCAGGUGUUUGUGCCACGAGAAAUACCACAAGUGGUCUGCAGUUCUAACUGCUCAAUGAAACGAAAUGCCUUUAUAGACCUCUAAGUUGAGGCCAAUAUGUGCUUUGCCCAACUGAAGCUCCGCUAUACCUCCCACGUCACGUCUAAGCGAAAUAUUAACCCCAUUUCUAACCAGCAGGUUAAAGGUAGAAGUCAUAUAACCGAAUGCCUCGAGAGCAUCUUAAGUGCCACUGCAGAUACCUAAACUCCUACCUCUCCAGAUAUUUUUCUUCAAGUAAAUAACCUAUACCUAGAGGAUUGCAAAUAUAAGAGAGUGAGCGAGCGGCCUAGGCAAGCUGGCAUUGUAGAAUCUAUUUAGCAAAGACAAUGGAGGCGUACUAUUGUAUGUUGUGAUAUUCAAAAGAUGAUAAAAUUUAUCUCUUUGCCUCCAGCAAUUACCGCCCCACUUAAUACUGAGUCAUGCCUGUUUUAAUUUCCUUUAAGCCUACAAAUAGCCUUAAGGGUCCCCCGGCGGACAAAGACCGCGAUUUCGGCUUAGUAAGACAGAGAGUCUGUGCCACCGCACCAUAUAGGCAUAGCAUUGGAUGACAGACCCCACAUUAACCUAUAGACCUGUUCGCAUUGCCAGAAAGCUGCGAAGACUUGGAUGGAGGCCUUUUAUUCAACGAAACUAUGUAGCUGCACAGACCUGACAGUUUAUCCCGACGAUCGCCCUUAGCUGCGAAUCUGAAAUUAAAGAAAACUCGAGGAUGUUAUCUGGGCGCUUCUAAGUCUAUGUUUGUAUUUCAAGGUCAAUAUGCUUGGACCUCACAAGUGUCUACGAACUUUAUGCACACACUGUAGCGCGGCUAUUAAUUUAAGCAAGAAUAUUUGUAAUCUAAGCACAUUUAAAACUAGGUGAAAGUGGCGCUGCGCAAAAUAAAUUCAGUUGGACAUAAAGCGAUAAAGCGUUCGCAUUCUCGGAAAACAUAGCUUCUUGAAAUUUUUUCGUAAGCGCAAUUGAUUAACUGGAAAAAAUCAGUAAAUUAUGAUACUCAGGUCACUUUUCGUUGCGCUUAGCCGCAUUUUCGUGCUCCAGACGAUCGCUGCCAAUGCGCCUACGCUCACCGCCAAAAAUGCUAGCGAUCGCUUUGCCUUGUCACUCUCCACAGCGCUAGGCUUGCAGUCGUCGGCACAGAAUGUCGUCAUCUCUCCUGUGUUGGUACAAGCCAUUCUCACACUACUCUCCUAUGGCGCCAGCGACGAGGCCGCUACCGCCCUACGGACUGCGCUGCAUUUGCCACCAACGGAUACGAAACAAACUGCUACGCUGAAUAUGUCGCUGCUAUUAAGCUCAGUUAAAGCGCGCGCUCCAAGCAACGCUCGCUUGCUAAGCGCCAUCUAUGUGCAGGAGCACGUCAUGUUCAAAUUCCAGGAGGAGUUCUUAGAAAUGUCACGACAUUUUGAAACAUCCACCGAAAUGGUUAACUUUAAUCGAAAGACCAUUGAUGAGCUGAACUAUUGGUUCUUAAGUCAAUCGAACUACACUUGCGGUGAGGUACUUAAUCCACAAUUGGCCGAAUUGCGUGAACGCUUUGUCCUAGCCAGCGCGGCAGUGUUUCACGCUCCAUGGGCGGUGGGUUUCAAUGUGAAGGACACUGAGAAAUUGAAUUUUUUCACCGAUCGAGUGAAACACAAAUUAGUUGAUUGCAUGCUUGUGACACACAAAUUUCGUUACGCGGAAUUCACGCAGUUGGACGCCAAAUUGGUUGAGUUGCCAUAUGCAAAUGGUACGUUCAAACUGUGGCUAUUGGUGCCUAACAAGGUGGAUGGUUUACAAGAACUUGAACAGCGGCUUCAACACGAGGAUCUUGCAAAGCUCGAUGAGCAGCUGAGUGAACAGAGAAUAGCGCUAACGUUGCCGAAAUUCCGCGUCGAAUACAAUAUCGACCUCAAGGAGGCGCUGAGUGCGUUGGGUUUCUCUAGCAUUUUCAAUGGUGAAACGAAAUUCUCGCAUAUGUUCUCCUCCUUUUUCAAUGCGCGCUCCCCAGCUGUGACAAAUGUGGCGCACAAGGCUGUCUGGCACGUAGAUGAAACAGGCGGUGCGAGCGAUGAACAGUUUUCGCUCAGUGGCCUUUUCAGGCGCCCCAUGCAGUUGGUAGUGAAUCAUCCAUUCUACUUCUUGAUCAAAUCUGAGGUCGCGGUUUUAAUGGCUGGACAUAUUGCAAAUGUCUAAGUGAAGCAAAGUAAAUGAAGGAGUAAAGUCAGCCAGCUGAUUGUCAAAACUGAGUUAUUUAUAGCAUUUGUUUCACAAUAUCUGAACUUAAAAAAAUAUACAUAGAAGCUUUUUUAUAAAAGUAAAGUGAAAACGAUUUAUUUAUAUUGACAAAUCUUGUGGAGCAUUAAAAACUUAAAUGCGACUGCACUGUAAAGCAUAUGUGUUGACCUCUCGCACUAGACCCACAGGAGCGAUGAAAGCAAUUAGUACCUAAAAAUAAUCUAGCUGCAGAGCCUAUCAGAACAGUGGUAAGCUUCACCUACUUCAAACCAGCCAUAAUGAUGUAAAGUAGAAAUCCCUAGCUGGGUGCAAAGUAUUAAUGAUGUUUCGGGACCGAAUCAGUGUUUUCGGUUCUACACUGGCGGAUCAAAAAA